AUGGGUCGCAAGCCGAACCCCCUCAUCCUCGAGUACUUUGUCCGUGGGCCAAAGCUCAACGACAACAGCAACCGCUAUCCGCACACGUGCAAGCAGUGCGGCGAGAACUUCCCCAAGGGCCGCAUCGACAGCCUGACGACGCACAUCACCAAGAAAUGCCCGGCCAUCUCCGACUCCGACCGCAUGCGGGCGUGUCUCGAGCUCCACGGCAUCACGGCCCGGGCAGCUGUUGAGCGGCAGCCUCUCGGCGGGGUCUCCGUCAAUGGCCAGCCGCCCGCCCAGCUUGCGCCGCCACAGGGAGGAUGGAGCGCUCUCGAGACACUUGCCGAGGCAUCGCGCCAGGUUGAUCUUAACGAGAACAAUCGAGGCCAGAAGGCAGCAGACGCCGCCAAUCCUGCCAAUGGCGGCGGGUUCGUGACCGAUCGCCUGGAGCUGCAGGAGCAGUUUACGCUGGAGAACCCUCCCCAAGCUUAUGAGAGCCGCCCUCAGACAAGCACCAGCGUCAAGAAGGAGAAGAGCACCGUUGCUGUGCAGGUGGCGUCACCGACUUCUGAGCUCUCACCGGAAGAACGCCUCCAGGCUUUGCUCCCCCCUGGCGAUGUGCUGCCAGAUGCCUCCAACAUCUCUGUUGCCGUUGCCGCCACGGCUCGCUUGAACCCCUCGUUUCUCGACCCCCAGCUUGUCCAUACUGACAUUCCGCCGACCCCGUCUCCUCCAGCCGCAGAGCCACAAGCGCCCGUCGACCCAAUGCCAACCGCCCCUAUCCCCGUCUCCCUACCCGAUACGAGCGUUUCCCAGCCGUGGGGCGAGAUGACAUACUUGACUACCACUGCCCCGAUCCCGCUCCUCACAGAAACUUCUCCAGCGCUACCGCUUAUGAGUCGUGGCGGUGUCCGAAUGGAUACGAGUGACGGGUUGAUCAACGGCAGAGCCCGUCAUGCACGGUCGAGAUUCACUCCUGCUAGGCGGAAAGAGGUCCAGGAGGUACGGAAAAUAGGUGCUUGUAUAAGGUGCCGGAUUCUGAGAAAGAACUGUGGCAAGGGAACUCCUUGCGAUACUUGCCGCAAAGUCUUGGCACCUCGUGUCUGGAGGACUGGCUGUGUCCGUACCAGACUGCACGAACAGCUCGACCUGUAUGCUGCCGGCGUUCAGGUCGUCCUCUCCCAAAACCGCAUCAACCUCAUCAAGGACCAACUCAAGCUUACCAACGAUGGGAGCUUGAUUGAGGUAUCACACUUUCCUGAAGCAGGCAAGAAGAUUGUGUUUGGAGCCUUGGUGUAUCCAUUGGAGCCCAACGAAACUCAGGCAGAGGCUCGUGGGAACAAAGAGCCCUUUCACCAAGUCAUUAUGAUUGACCAAGACUCGGAAGAUAUCCCAGCCAAAGCCGAGGCGUAUAUGCGAGAUGUGCUGUCCACGUUUAUUGAGCGCGAGCCGUCAAAAUUUAUGAAAGUGACGCUCGAGGCUGCAUACCACCAGCUCUCAAAGGGAGAAGACGAUCUUCUCAAGAAGGCUCUGGAGCUUUGGGGCCUUGUGGAGAGCAUUGACCGCGAAAGACAAUGGACCAUCCUAGAGAAGCCCAGCGCCGAAGGAGAAGAACCGAGAUGGAUUAAAGAAGCGCAAAACGAAAACGACGCCGAUAUUUACACCAUGAUUUGCAUGCAACUCAAUGCUGCGGCCGAACGAAAAGCUAAUAGCACUUCCAAGAGCCUGCUGAAUCAUAUGGAUAGGCUUCUCACUGAUAGCAAAACAAAGGUCGGCUUCAAGGUCUAUCUUACCGCCUUAAUCUUCCUCAACUGCGUGGAAAAGUCAACCUGGGCCUUCAAGGCUUGGGAGCAGGACCAUCUCCGUCCAGGCUGGCCCCUGGAGCGCGACCCAAGUGUUUUCACUCAGCAGGGCGGAAACUUGGCCGGGUUGCUGAAAAUGCUCUUGUCCAUCCGCAAGGCGUUACCCCAAACUAUGCGGAGCGAAGAGGGAAAGUUGACGGUCCAGGAUAGAGACCCGGACAUCACCGAGUACUUUAAGACCCUUGAUCUUGAUUUCAAUAACAUUGAAACUCGCCAGAAAGGCUCACAAUUCUCCCCUGCCGACUCCCGUUCCCUCGAACUAGCCUUUUGCUCACACCUUCUCCUCCCUUACCCCUCGGCUUAA